AGUAACUUUAUCAAACGAGUCUUAAUUAAAAUGUACAAAUUUAAUAACAACGCUUCAAGAAAUCGACAAUCAUAUACUAGAAUUGAUGACGUUGAUGCUUAUCGAAAAUUUAUUAACGAAUCACAAAAACUGAGUGUAGUAUUUUUCCACGCAACAUAUUGUAUUUAUAGCGAAAUUGUUAUAUCAGCUUUUGAAGAAUUGAGUUCAAGAUAUGAAGAACAUGCAAGAUUUGCAUUGGUUGUUCAUGAAAAUGCACCGAGUGUUGCAGAAGAAGCUCUAAUAAACGCUUUUCCAACUUUUCUAUUUUUCAAGAAUGGAGUGGAAAUUGAAAGGCUCGUUGGUGCUAAUAGAACUAAAAUGAUAAGACUUCUUCUAAAACAUAUUAAAAUACCCAGAGAAAGUGAAGAAAAUGAUUCAAAUUCACUACGCACACAAGUAGAAUGUCUUAAUCAGCACUUUAGUCAGCAGGAAGAGCAUAUCCAAGGCCUUUUUAUAAAUGAUGACACGUAUCUAAAAUCAAAUGUUGGAGCAGAACUUAUUAUUUCCAUUCCGUUUAAUCAACCUAUCGAUCUUCAUUCAAUAAAAAUUGUUCCUGAAAAUAUUGACCACGCUCCCAAGGAAGUAAAAAUUUUUAUUAACAGACCGAUUAUAUUAAGUUUUGAUGAUGCCGAAACAAUCAAAGCAACUCAGAUGCUAGAAUUUAUUAGAGCUGAUUAUGAGAAUAACACAAUGAUUCCUUUGAAAUCGGUUAAAUUCCAAAAAGUAACCAAUAUUGUUAUAUACAUCAAAAAUAAUCUUGGUAAUGAGGAAACUACUAUUAUUAAAGAAUUAAUGUUUUACGG